CCGUCAUUGAUGUGAUACUACGGUAUCUAUCACAAAAUCAUUCAAAGUUGUAUAUAAAGGAAUCAAUGGCUUUUUUGAUGAAAUUACUGCUAUCUCUCCUCUGGACUUGUCAUCAAAACAAAAACAAUAAAGUAAUAUAAUGCGUUCUGUCUUCCAAUUGCUAUUAUUCUCGGUCGUGAUCGCUUUGGCUAUGAUCCAGGCAACGAUAGCGCAAGAAGUAGAAGCAGCGUCUGCCGAUUCUGACGUGAAGCAAGCCGCAGCGGCAGCUAAUGAAGAAAUCAAUAAUCUACAGGCGACAAUCCCUCCAAACGUACCAUUGCCCACGGCCACGGUGGUUGUUACUGAUACUAUCACUACUACUGUCGCAAGCUUUACCCAGACAUUUACAAGCACCAUUCCGGGAAAACCCACCGGUACAGAGAAGCCGACUCACACGCCAGUUAGCGGUGCCAGCCAAACUCCUGGACGCGCUUACAUGGCGCUUUUUGUCUCGAUUGGUAUUGCUGUAUUUCAUGAAGCUCUCUUCAACCAAUUCAGCUCAUGAUGUGCUAUGCCUGUUGAACUUGCGUGAAAUUUACAUCACCAUACUAUAAUAAC